AUUGAUUCAUUUCACAUUUCACAUUUCACAUUUCACAUUUCACAUUUCUACAAGGCAAAGUAAUUGCUUCCUAACAGAACACACAAAAACAUCUUGUUUUUGGGUACUCCACUCUUCUAGCUCUUCCUUCAUCUUCUUUCCCAAAUAUUAUGUCCAACAUUCCUAAUCCUAUAAUCUCUUCUCUCCCUCCUACCAAAACUUGUUUAAAGUCGCUAUCGAUCGAUACUAAUAAGUUUGUUAUGGAUGAUACUCAUUCUGACGUUGAUGAUGAUGAUUACGACCAACUUCAUAGAUGGCCAACCAUUUCCGAGGCAGUAAAAGAGAUGAGAGCAAUAGGAAAAAUAUCAGGACCAACAACAGUAACAGGAUUGCUGUUAUAUUCAAGAGCCAUGAUAUCAAUGGUAUUCCUUGGAUACCUAGGCGAAUUGGAACUAGCAGGUGGUUCUCUGGCCAUUGGUUUUGCGAAUAUCACCGGUUAUUCAGUGAUAUCCGGUUUAGCAAUGGGAAUGGAGCCAAUAUGUGGACAAGCAUAUGGUGGUAAACAAAUGAAGUUACUUGGAUUAACAUUACAAAGGACAGUGCUUUUACUUUUAUCUACUUCAGUACCUAUCAGUUUCAUAUGGUUUAACAUGAAGAGAAUCCUUGUUUGGUGUGGUCAAGAUGAAGAGAUCACUUGUGUUGCUCAUCUCUUUUUAGUUUUCUCUAUUCCUGAUCUUUUCUUUCUUUCUUUUCUUCAUCCUCUUAGAAUCUAUUUGAGGACACAAAACAUUACUUUACCCUUAACUUAUUGUACCGCCAUUUCUGUUCUUGUUCAUUUGCCUCUUAAUUUCCUCUUAGUAGUCCAUCUCAAGUUAGGCAUCAUUGGGGUUGCAAUUGCUACUAUUUGGACUAACUUAAACCUUUGUAUCUUGCUUGCUUCCUUCAUUUACUUCUCUCGAGUCUAUAAAGACUCAUGGAUUACCCCGAGUAUGGAUUGUCUUCGAGGAUGGUCUUCCUUGUUAGCCCUUGCUAUUCCUACAUGUGCUUCGGUUUGCCUUGAAUGGUGGUGGUAUGAGUUUAUGAUAAUGCUUUGUGGGCUUCUUGCAAACCCAAGAGCAACGAUUGCAUCAAUGGGUAUACUAAUACAAACAACUUCAUUAGUAUAUGUAUUCCCUUCAUCUUUAAGCCUUGGUGUCUCUACCAGGGUUGGGAAUGAGCUCGGGGCUCAACGCCCUGGGAAAGCCCGUGUUUCCAUGAUCGUGUCUUUGGCAUGCGCCGUAGUAUUAGGCCUUGGUGCCAUGCUAUUUACAACUCUGAUGAGGAACCAAUGGGGUAGGUUUUUCACAAAUGAUGAAGAAAUCUUACAUCUAACUGCUGUUGCAUUGCCGAUUGUAGGACUGUGUGAGCUAGGUAACUGUCCACAAACAACAGGUUGUGGAGUACUCAGAGGAAGUGCAAGGCCUACAGUGGGAGCCAAUAUUAACCUGGGUUCGUUUUACUUUGUAGGAAUGCCUGUUGCUAUCUUAUUCGGGUUCAUUCUUAAGAAAGGAUUCCCAGGGCUAUGGGUAGGUCUACUCGCAGCCCAAGCCUCUUGCGCACUUCUAAUGCUCUAUGUCCUCUGUAAGACAGACUGGACUCUUCAAGCAGACAGAGCUACUCAAUUGACUAAAACAUCAUUAUCAUCACUACCAAUUUCGACAUCAUUCCAUUUUAGUAAAUCUCUUGACAAACCUAAGAUUGUCCCAGUUACGACCAAUCUCGAAUUCCUGUGUAUAAAGAAUAAAGAUGAGACCACAUUAAGAUCAUGUUUACCAUCAUCACAAGCUUCCCUUGAAACUAAUCCCCUCUUAAACACUCACUAAUUCAUUUCAUUAAUCAAUGUAUAAUGUCAUGCACUUUAAUUAAUUAGGUGUUUAAACUUUAACCCACAUUUUUGCCCAAAUCCGCCCUCUACUUCUCAUGCCAAUUCUACUGUACGUAGUUUGUACUAGACUUCCUCUUCUUUUUAUCUUUUUUUCUACUUGUGAGUCGUCAAGUCUGUAUUAUUCUGAUUAUUAAUAAAAAAUUUACUAUGUAAAGGUAUUUAAUUAUACCACUAUAGGAGUCCGGAUCUUCUUCCCAUUUAUCAUUUAUAUAUCAUUUUCUCAGAUUGGUUCA